ACCAUCAGGAUACAAGUAUAUACAAUUUAAUUGCAUUACCCCUUUAACAGCUAGAGAAUAUGAAGAUAUUACCAAUACAACGAAUGCGCACGGAGAAAAAAUCGAUUAGUGAAGAAGAUGACUGUGGUUUUCAACUUACACACUCAGUUGAUACUAUGGCUGUGGCAGCGAAUAGCAUUCUUAGUCUUUUCAACAUAAGGGGCAACUCAGUUUCACCAAAGGUUUUAGGGCACAAGGAAAUGAAAAGAGCAUCUACUAGAUGUCGACGUCAUGAUAAUUUAAGCAUGAAGGAUCGAUGGUAUGAGAAGAUUGGAAGAGAGGAAACUAUGGUUGUGCUUUACAAAGCCUUAUCACAAGACUACAAUGAUCGAAGCUUCAGAGAACUUAGGUUGGCCAGCGAACUUAGAAGAUAUUCUGAAAAUCAAUAUGUUCUGGAGAGUGUAGAGGUUGGGACAGAUUUUCCUGCGAUCAUAAUUAAGAACAAGAGACUAUUGAGCUCUUUCCACAGAGAAAAUGUUACCGAUUUAAUCAAAAAUGAGUUUGAAACUAACAUUUUGAAGCAAAGUUAUCUCUCUAAGAUUGAUACUGAUUCAACCAUGGUCGAGGAUGAGACAAAAAGGAAAGAUUCCACAGAAUCACCAAAAUCAGGCUACACAGCAAUGAAGAUCAACAUGGUUGAGAUCUCAGUUCUCUGCUGUUACAAACCGUUCAGGAGCCCUACUCCACCAAGGCAACAACAGAAACCUUGCUUCAUUGUAAUGGUUUUUAACAGUGUAGACUAUUUAGAAGAUAUGAAGAACAGAAAGAGCUGGAAAACUUGGUCUAACAUUGCAAAUAUUCUUGAAAAACUGAAUAAUAAUAAGAUUGAUGCACAAAAAAUACAUUUUCUUGGACAAGAACGAAUUCCUCCUAAAAAUGAAAAGUGCCAAGUGUUUGCAAGUGAAAACAAUCAAACCUAUAUCAUUAUUCUAGAUCUCAUGGUUAGACAAGAUCAAAUACUUUCAUUACUUCAUAUUGUACAGUCAAUUAAAGUAAACUGUACAGGAUACAUAUCAUUGUAUUCGGAAGUUAAGUAA